AUGCAAAUGCAGCGGCGCGGCGGGAGCGCGCGGCUGAUACCCGGGACUGGGCUGCGGCGGUUAGUCCUCUCCCGGCCGCCGUCGCCUCCGACAUAUUGCCCGCAGGAGCUGCGGCGGCGAAGCGGAGAGCACCGGGGGGAGGAGAUGGGAGGACGAAGAGGUCCCAACAGGACAUCUUACUGUCGAAAUCCGCUCUGUGAGCCGGGAUCCUCGGGGGGCUCUAGUGGAAGCCACACUUCCAGUGCAUCGGUGACCAGUGUUCGUUCCCGCACCAGGAGCAGUUCUGGAACAGGCCUCUCCAGCCCUCCUCUGGCCACCCAAACUGUUGUGCCUCUACAGCACUGCAAGAUCCCCGAGCUGCCAGUCCAGGCCAGCAUUCUGUUUGAGUUGCAGCUCUUCUUCUGCCAGCUCAUAGCACUCUUCGUCCACUACAUCAACAUCUACAAGACAGUGUGGUGGUAUCCACCUUCCCACCCACCCUCCCACACCUCCCUGAACUUCCAUCUGAUCGACUUCAACUUGCUGAUGGUGACCACCAUCGUUCUGGGCCGCCGCUUCAUUGGGUCCAUCGUGAAGGAGGCCUCUCAGAGGGGGAAGGUCUCCCUCUUUCGCUCCAUCCUGCUGUUCCUCACUCGCUUCACCGUUCUCACGGCAACAGGCUGGAGUCUGUGCCGAUCCCUCAUCCACCUCUUCAGGACCUACUCCUUCCUGAACCUCCUGUUCCUCUGCUAUCCGUUUGGGAUGUACAUUCCGUUCCUGCAGCUGAAUUGCGACCUCCGCAAGACAAGCCUCUUCAACCACAUGGCCUCCAUGGGGCCCCGGGAGGCGGUCAGUGGCCUGGCAAAGAGCCGGGACUACCUCCUGACACUGCGGGAGACGUGGAAGCAGCACACAAGACAGCUGUAUGGCCCAGACGCCAUGCCCACCCAUGCCUGCUGCCUGUCGCCCAGCCUCAUCCGCAGUGAGGUGGAGUUCCUCAAGAUGGACUUCAACUGGCGCAUGAAGGAAGUGCUCGUCAGCUCCAUGCUGAGCGCCUACUAUGUGGCCUUUGUGCCUGUCUGGUUCGUGAAGAACACACAUUACUAUGACAAGCGCUGGUCCUGUGAACUCUUCCUGCUGGUGUCCAUCAGCACCUCCGUGAUCCUCAUGCAGCACCUGCUGCCUGCCAGCUACUGUGACCUGCUGCACAAGGCCGCCGCCCAUCUGGGCUGUUGGCAGAAGGUGGACCCAGCGCUGUGCUCCAACGUGCUGCAGCACCCGUGGACUGAAGAAUGCAUGUGGCCGCAGGGCGUGCUGGUGAAGCACAGCAAGAACGUCUACAAAGCUGUAGGCCACUACAACGUGGCUAUCCCCUCUGACGUCUCCCACUUCCGCUUCCAUAUCUUUGAGAACAUUGGACAGAGGGAGAGAAGAUGAUACAGUAAAAGAAGGUGCUCUUGGCAAUGAAAGACAAUACUGUCUUCAUUUGUUACUGUGUGCCAGGCAUGUCAUUAAGCACUCUCCAUGUACCUUCCUACUCAGCCUUACCCUGAACCUUGUACGUGAAAGAUAUGCUAGGGUUAUCUCUGUUUUUAGAUACUGAAAUCAGCUAAGAGAGUUUAACUUGUUAAAGGGUGCCUUCUUGGGAAACUUGAGAACUAAUGGUAAUGACUCAUGACUUAGCUAUGGAAAGGGCUGCUCAAAAUUAUCUAAACUGGUGAUCUCUAUUUUUUUUUAAAUUUCACUAUGAAAUGCCCUCCCCCCCUUUUUUAAAAAAAACAAUCAGAGGCCAAAAUCCAAUAUAUGGGACCUCCUGGCACUGCUCUGUUUGGAGGAGUUAGAACCCCCUUCACUUCCUGCUCACCCCCUCUGUAACUCCUAAAGGAUCCCCUUGAAACCUGGGGCUCUAAGGAACACAGCAUGAGAAAUCACUGACCUAGACUGAUGUCUUCAUUUCACAGUUGAGACAUCCAAGCCCCAGAGAGGAAAGGGACUUGCCCAAAGUAUUGCAGCCUGUUAGGUGCAGAGCUGAGCCUGACAUCCUGGUCUCUUGGCCUCCCAUUUCCUACCACUUCUCCUGUCCUGUAAGCAGCUCUUGAGAUUUAGGUACCUUGGCCCCUGUGGAAUCAAAAUCCCUAGACACUGUGCACUCUUUUGAACUCAUCAGAGAUUUUUUUUUAGUCCCUACGUUCUACCUUGCUGUUGAGAGUGAGCUGUUGCCAUGUCCCUUGGCAGCUUCCAGCCUAGCUAGGGAUGUACCUAUGAAGAAGUAGGUAAUUCAGGCUGUAGAGUCUGUAAUAACUUUCCAUGCCUAUGUCAUAGGAUUCUAAUUUGUUCAGGCCCAACAAUACCCAGGAGAUGACAUUAAAAGGUGUUGAUUUUAUUGAGGGUCAGUGGAUGAGGGAGAAAAAGUUUUCAAAAAUUAAAAAAAAUUUUUUUAAAGGUGUUGACUUUAGACCACGAAAAGAGUUUGAGAGAGCAAGCAGAACCUGUCAAGAAAGACUUCCUAGGGGAGGUAGAAGUUGAACAGGAUCUUAGAUGACUUACAUCAGAAGCAGCAGUCCUAUGAGGAGGAAUACCACAAGCAAAGGCAGAUGAGGUGGCAAAGUCCACAUCCAACCCCAGAAAGUCUUCUUCCCCACCCAUGUCUGCAUGGGGCCCCAGGAGCCUGUCCCCUUCACUGACCCACCCAGAACCCCCAUCCAGGAGGAAGGUUUCUGGAGCACACCUUUUAGCCAUGCCCACCCGCUUCCGGGCAGUUCUUUUUCAGCAAACCCCUGCGGAUUCUCAACAUCCUCCUGCUGCUGGAGGGCGCUGUCAUUGUCUAUCAGCUGUACUCCCUAAUGUCCUCUGAAAAGUGGCACCAGACCAUCUCGCUGGCCCUCAUCCUCUUCAGCAACUACUAUGCCUUCUUCAAGCUGCUCCGGGACCGCUUGGUAUUGGGCAAGGCCUACUCAUACUCUGCUAGCCCCCAGAGAGACCUGGACCACCGUUUCUCCUGAGCCCUGGGGUCACCUCAGGGACAGCGUCCAGGCUUCAGCCAAGGGUUCCCUGGCAAGGGGCUGUUGGGUAGGAGUGGUGGGGGGGACAAAAGACAAAAAAAUCCACCAGAGCUUUGUAUUUUUGUUACGUACUGUUUCUUUGAUAAUUGAUGUGAUAAGGAAAAAAGUCCUAUUUUUAUACUCCCAACAA